AUGGGCGGCAUUCUGAGGGGUGGGCGCUGUUUUGAUGCGCAGAUCCACCCACCAAUGAAUUCGCCUGUCUUUGCAGCGGCGCAAAGGUUGGGCUGCGAAAAGCUGCCGAGCUUUGCCAAAGAGGACGCUUGCAUCGACAUCGCCUCCUCCAAGGAUUCCAAGGACUCGCAGGCCUCAGAUGCGACAGUGCCAGGAGAUCCCGGCAGGCCGCCUGUUAAUGCUGGCGGCGGUGCUAAGUCUGCAGGUGCCCAGCCACCGAAGCAGGCAGCAGAGGGAAGGGCCUCCGGGGAUAUCUUCACCGCGCCGCUGGUGAGCGAGCUGCAGGAAGUUCCAGACCCCGCUGAGGGCAGCAGGCCCAAGAAGCGGAUCCGGUCUGUGGCUCCUGCAGUGGAGGGGGACUCCUUCGUGGCGCGAGGCCAGGCUCCAAAAGCCAGGAAGGAGUACAGCGCAUGGACCGAGGGCGAAGAGCAGCGCUUGCUUGAAGGUUUCAAGAAGUAUGGCAAGCAGUGGAGCAUGAUCUCCAAGUGCUGCGGCUUGCGCCACAGGAACGGUAUGCAGAUCAAAGACAAGUGGCGCAUCCUCAAGAAGAAUGGCCUCGUGCAUGACCCAGAUGACGACGGGGAGGAGGAGGGUUCGCCGUCUUGA